UAACGUAUGUUGUGUGUCUCAGUGUUCAGGAGUUCAUGACCUUCACCAGUCAGCUGAUUGUGGAGCGCUCAGCAAAAGGCAGCAGAGCUUCUGUCAAAGAACAAGACUAUCUGUGCCACGUUUAUGUGCGAAAUGACAGUCUUGCAGGAGUGGUCAUUGCCGACAGUGAGUACCCGUCCCGGGUGGCGUUUACCUUGCUGGAGAAGGUGCUGGACGAUUUCUCCAAGCAGGUCGACAGGAUUGACUGGCCAGUCGGAUCCCCUGCUACUAUCCACUACUCAGCCCUGGAGGGCUACCUUAGUACAUACCAGAAUCCCCGAGAAGCUGACCCCAUGAGUAAAGUGCAGGCUGAACUGGAUGAGACCAAGGUCAUCCUGCACAACACCAUGGAGUCCUUGUUAGAACGAGGCGAGAAAAUAGACGACUUGGUAUCCAAAUCCGAAGUGCUGGGAAUUCACUCUAAAGCCUUCUACAAAACGGCCCGGAAACAAAACUCGUGCUGUGCAGUCAUGUGACUGUAGUCCCCAGAGGCCCCCUCGCUGCAGAGUCCCUGUCAUUCACAUCAGAACCUCAGCUCUUGGAGAAGCCUAGCGGCCACAGAAGAACCAGAACACAGACACUCAUCAUCACCUUGGAGCUCCUGAGAAGAGCCGAGGGCUGGUGGAAGGGGCCUGGGGUGGGAAAUGUUCUAAUUUGUGCGUCUAGUGAUUUUUGAAAAGAUAAUUUGAGGCCUUCAGAGGUGUAUUUUUGGGCCAAAUGAAACCAUAAACACUCCAUGACUCCUGCAGAUGCCCAAGGGCUCAUUUCUAACCCUGUGACGGCCCCAGGGUUAGAGCCAGCUCUGUGUCGAUCCUCAGCAGCCUUUGGGUUUUACUUGUACAUUAACUGUUAACAGUUCAGUAAGGGGGAGGGUUCUCGAUCCACAGGGGUGGGGGGGGCAGAGCGCACACUUGGAUUUCCUGGGGAAGCUACCCAGGGUCACUGGGGGGUGGGGGCAAGCAGGGACAAGGACAGGCCAGCACUACAGGGCCAAGGCCAGGAUGAGAUAGUCAUGGAGUCACACAUUCUGAGACAUGAUUUGCGUUUCUGCUGAGAUCCCCUUCUACAGAGGUCCCCAAAGACGCCUGGGAGGUGUUUGGAGGAGGCGGUGCACCUGCCCUGACCUGCAGGUUGGCCUUGACCGUCAGGAUCACAGGCAUGUGCCUCUGGCAACAAGACUGUUUUGGCAACCAUCUGGGUGGGGCCUACGUGUCUCAGCAAGUGACCUUUCCCUUGGCCACUGUUACUGGGCACCAAGAACGAGUGCCAGCUGACCCAAGGACUCCCAACACCUCAUUAUGGUCUGAGCCCCUUCCCCCCUCUGCCUAAUCCUUAGCAGCAGGAAAAUAGGCCACACAGCAGCCCAGGCUAUGGCUCAGUGGUUUCCGGCCCCCUGCGGCCUGCCAGUCCCCUGGAUCGUGCUGCCCCGUUCCACACUGCUGCCUCGUGCCAUUGUGCCACCUGAGGACAAGAGGCACCCUUGGGACUAGUCCCCACAAAAGCCCUUGCUGGAGUGGUGUCAACUGGUGUGAUCUCAUCUGUGGGGGUCCUUCCUUGAGCAUGCUGGUUUCUGCCCAACCUGAAGGUCCCACUCACCCAACAGGAAGUGCCAGCAGCCCUGAACUUUAUUGUUUGGACCAGAAUGUGGGACCAGUGUAGCUUCUGAGCGCACUGUCCCACACAGGUUUACUUGCUGGCUAUCCUCUGGGUACUGCUGGCCUACCUACCCCUAAUGUAGCCUGCCUGCCCGUGUGAUUUUCCUCCUGCUGGAUGCACCUCAGGAGGCGCAGACCCAUCCUGCUCACUGUCACCUGAGAUGGCUGUGACCCCACUUAAAACGGUGGGGUCAUGGAUGAUGGAGAGGAGCUGGGGGGCAGGAGGAUUUGGGGAAGAGGGAGCGGGUGGGGGCCUGGCUCAGACCCUGUGCCAGAGUGUCCCGUUCAUGUCAUUCUAAUGUUAAGUCAUCUGGCUAAGAGUGUAUUUUAAUAAUCGCUGCCUAACUUUUCUCGUGUUGAGAUGUUCCUAUCUGGAUAAAGUUGUCUUUUGAAAUUCC